AAAAUCAUGUGUGUCGAUGGAGGGUAUACUAAAUAUUUACAUCAUUUAAAUUAUAUUGUAUGUUUGAUUUUAUUAUGCAGUGUGUGUGGGGUAUGGAAACGGAGUCUCAGCGCCCGGCUCUUUGGAUGAUGAUGUGUUGAUGUAUCAGGUUCUCAAGGAGCGAUUUGAAGGUUGUACCUACGUUGAUGGAAACUUGGAAAUCAAAUUCCUACGCCAGAAGCACUAUGACUUGACCUUUCUGAAAGACAUUCGUGAGGUCACGGGUUACGUGAUUAUUCUUCUCCUGUACCAAGAUGUUGUCUUAUUUCCAAGUCUUCGUGUUAUUCGUGGUAAUGAGCUGUACGAUGGGAACGCCUUGUAUGUUGCUAUCAAUCAUCAUGAUGUUGACAAUGGGACUGGUUUGAGAGAGUUACAGUUCCCACAAUUGCAUGAGAUUGUGAAGGGAAAUGUCAAGUUUCAUAACAACCGUGAUUUGUGCUAUGUACAAACCAUCGACUGGGAUGAUAUGAGAGAAGGCCUUGUCCCGACAUUUAUGGGUCACGGAGAUUCUUGUACAGCAGAGCAUGUUUGUUCACCGGAGUGUCCGGGUGGAUGUUGGGGUCCAGGUGCUGAUAUGUGUCAAAUGUUAACGCGUAAGAAUUGCAGUGGGACGUGUGACUAUCGUUGUAAUGGUCCAACCCAGGCUGGAUGCUGUCAUCGAAGCUGUGCUGCUGGAUGUACUGGACCUAGCAAUAAAGAAUGCUGGGCGUGCCUCAAGUUUACUAUGGAUGACCAAUGUGUAGAGAGCUGCCCUACCAGGACAAUCUACAACCCAACCACGUUUCAGAAUGAGCUCAAUCCAGAUUUCAGAUAUUCCUAUGGACCAAGGUGCUUGACCUCAUGUCCAGAUAACGUUCUUGAGGAUGGAGAUAAUUGUAUAAAUCAGUGCCCAAAUGGGAAGGUCGAAAGCAAAGUCCCCGGAGAAAAUAAAUGUGUUGGAUGCGAGGGACCGUGUCCAAAGACGUGUGUUGGACUUAAAGAUGGAGAAAUGCUCUAUAAAGACCAUUUUGAGGACGGAAAACUGGACAAUUGUACCAUCAUACAAAACAACAUCUUCAUUGGAACUUCUUCAUUUAAUGGGGAUGCCUUCUUUGGUUACGAAGGAAUCACUUUGGAUCUAUUGGAGAGAUUAUCUACCAUUCAUGAAAUACAGGGCUAUCUGACUGUACAGGGUCACCAUGAACACUUUACUGAUCUGAACUGCUUCCGUAAUCUCAAGAAGAUCUAUGGACGACAACUGUAUGGCGAUAUGUUUGAUCCUUUUGUACCCAUCCAACCAACCCCGUCACUAUCCAGCAUUGGUGCUCCCAAGCAGUAUUCCCUGUUCAUAAACAGUGGUACCCUACAAUCACUGGGUAUGACCUCGCUUCAGCGCGUGGCCAGUGGAAACAUUCUCCUCUACCAAAGCGAGAACCUCUGCUAUGUUGCCCCGAAAAUGUGGAAUAAAAUUACGAAGCCACGCACGGACCAGACGGUGGAGCUGUACCAAAAUAUGGAUGAGGAGAUGUGCACUGAAUUGGGUCGUGUUUGUGAUGAUCAGUGUGCCCCCAUUGGCUGUUGGGGACCAGGUCCAGAACAGUGCGCACAAUGCAGGAAUGCACAGAUUGAUGACACAUGUGUGCAAGAUUGUGACAGGUUAACUCAAUAUGUUGAGUCUGAGGGUACCGCCAACAAGCCAACCAUAUGUGCCUACUGUGAUGAACAGUGUCAUGGCAGUUGCAGUGGAGAGGGACCACAAAACUGUACAUCGUGUGAAAAUGUAAAAGAUGGUCCAUUUUGUCGAUCUGAAUGUCCCAUCAUGAAGUACCCCGAUGAGAAUAAGAUCUGUCAGCCUUGUAAUAGUAACUGCAAAUUGGAUGAGGGGUGUAGUGGACCAGACAAUACCGUCGGGGUUGGAGGUUGUAGCGUUUGCCACCAAGUCUUGGUUGAAGAUGACACUGUCACUUCACCUCUCUCGUUGGAGUGCAUGCCGGAUGGAGCGCCUUGCAAUAACGAUUCGUUUUCUUAUCACAUCGCGCUGUCCAGCAUUCAUAAACUCAGAGGCUACUCGGUGUGUCAACUUUGCGACAAAAACUGCUUGGGUUGUAUCGGUGCUGGGCCGUCUAAAUGCAAGGAAUGCAUGAAGUACAAACGUGGUGAGCAUUGCGUGGAUCACUGUGGAACAAACCAGUUCCACGACGAGAACGAUACAUGCAGGGACUGUCAUCCACAGUGCCGUGGUUGCAGUGAGGGAAGCUCACCGUAUGACUGUGAUGACUGCCAGAACUUUGAAGUGUUGGUCAAUGAAAAUGUGACAUUCUGUGCCAUGGAAUGCCCAGAAGAACACCCCUACACGGAUCGGUCAAUCUACUGCGUCGCUAACUGCUCUGAGAACCAAUUCGUCAACAAGGAUGAUAACCGUUGUGCACCGUGUCAUCGAGAAUGCUUGGGUGGAUGCGAUGAUGACAGACGUAGUUCUUGCUUCCAAUGUAAGAAUGUCCAAUACGAUACAGAGUGCUUAGCUUUGUGUCCGGAGGGCUUUCAGAACAACAGCGGAGUGUGUAUGGAAGAUCCAAACUCACGCCCAACCAACCGACCGAAUGGAGGUAUAAUUUCAACCGGUGUUCUCGUUGGUAUUUGUGUGGCUGCGAUAUCACUCAUAAUCUUCGUAGUGUUUGGUUACGUCGUCUAUCGUAAAUACGUCCGCAGUCAAUACAUGCUUCCAGGCUUGGCUUUGAAGGAUCUCAAAGGGGCGGAUUACGGCAAUGGGCCUCUUACUCCAAGCGGAGCGGCUCCCAACCAGGCUCAGCUGAAGAUCAUCAAGGAGACUGAGUUGAAGAGAGGUAGUAUCCUUGGGUCUGGAGCAUUCGGUACAGUGUACCGAGGCCUCUGGGUCCCUGAGGGGGAGACUAAGAUCAAGAUUCCUGUCGCUAUCAAGGUGCUCCGAGACUUCUCACCAUCGGCUGCUGAGGAGCUCCUAGAGGAAGCCAAAGUGAUGGCAUCUGUGGAUCAUCCCUACCUACUGAGAUUAGCUUGUGUCUGUAUAGCUCAAGAGAUGACAUUGAUUACUCAACUCAUGCCUCUGGGAGCACUCCUAGACUACGUCAGAGAACACAAAGAGAAGAUUGGUUCUCAUCAUCUCCUCAACUGGUCCUAUCAAAUCGCUCAGGGUAUGGUGUAUCUAGAAGAGAAGCAUCUUAUCCAUCGUGACCUGGCAGCUCGGAAUGUUCUCGUCCAGACGGCCCAGCAAGUCAAGAUUACUGACUUUGGUCUCGCCAAGUUCCUUGACGUUGAUGAGAAUGAAUUCCAAGCUCAGGGCGGAAAGAUGCCCAUUAAGUGGUUAGCCCUGGAGUGUAUUCAGUACCGUAGAUUUUCACAUAAGAGUGACGUCUGGAGUUUUGGAGUGACAAUGUGGGAGUUGAUGACGUUUGGAAGCAAACCUUAUGACGGAGUUCGAGCAAGGGAUGUACCGGAUCUUCUGGAGAAAGGAGAAAGAUUGCCCCAACCUCCUAUCUGUACCAUCGAUGUCUACAUGCUCAUGGUCAAAUGUUGGAUGUUAGACGAGGACAGUAGACCAGCCUUCAAGCAGCUUUCUGAUGAGCUGGGACGAAUGGCUAAGGACCCAACACGCUACUUGGUGAUACAGAACGAUGGAGACAGUUUCCUGGCCGCCCUACCGAGCCCCGUCCCCAGUGACUUCUACAAAUCAAUGAUCAAUGAUGAGAUCGAGGGAGCUGUAGCGUCUCAAUUUAUGGAUGCAGACGAAUAUCUCCAACCAAUGAGUCUAAAUAACAUUGAGCAUAAUAAUGAGUUCUUUCCAAGGGGAAGUGGAGCUGAUUUUGUUGCUGGCGGUGCGCUACCAUCUCCAAUGUCCCCUACCUAUCCAUACAGCCUGAACACGCCCCCUAACAAACAACAGACAUCAACGCGGAAGGAUAGCAGCAUGCGCUACGCACCGGAUCCUGUCUUCGCUAAGGAGCUGGAGAGACAGAAAAGUAAUGGUGGACCAGACGCAACAGCCAUCCAGAUGGACAAUGUGGACUACCUUACCCCCAGCAUCAAGUCAGAUUAUCACGAUCUCACCAAAGAAAGACCCGUCUUCGAAGAGCCUGAAUACCAGAACGACCCCAAGAAGAGCCCAGUUCCCGAUGAGAGAUAUCUUCCCCUGAAAGACAGCACCUCUGGGCCCCCUCCAAGCAAUGGCCUCGGUGUGGACAACCUGGAAUACCAUGCUCUGCUUGGAACAGCAGCAUCUCCACCAGUUGCUUCACCAGAUCCCUGGACACCACAGGUUCCUAAAGAAGAACCAAGAUAUUUGAAUGAAGAACAGAUGGGUCAAAAGCAGCCCUUAAUGGCCGACGUGGAACCAAGACCACUCUGCUCACCGAGUCACUCAAGCAGUCGACCUGGAAGCUCAUUACAAAGUAACGGCAGCAGUAGCGUUGGCGUUAGACUCUCUGGAGCUGCAAGCGAUAAUGAUCUUGACCACGAUUAUGUGAACAAUGACGUCCUGGGCUACAGUGGAGAAACAAGUAUUUAAAGACUUGCAUAAAAGCGUGUGACCGAAAAAAGGCACACAUUUAGGCCUUCUCGUCUUCUUGUGUUUUUUUGAGAUAUGCAAAGCGGUGCUGCUUUUUUUCUGUCUUUGGAAAGACAACAUUUUAUGAUGCAGUUUUUAACAAAAUGAAGAAUUUUGGAGCAAAAUUGAGAGUACAUUUUAGAUCAAGAUGGAGAGUGCAUUUUUGAGCGUAGAGAAUCAUGGCGGCUACAGUGCCUAAUUCACGAUGAAUUUAAAAACAUCGAAGUCUUGAUAACUUCAUAGUGCCUGAGAGGGAAGAAAGAAUGAAGUGUUCGGAGAACAGUGUUACUAACGCAAAGUGCGUCAUAUGGAGAGCUUGUAAUGGCAGGUCAAACACUGUCAGCAUGGAUAGCUAGAGGGAGGUCAAACACUGUCAGCAUGGAUAGCUAGAGGGAGGUCAAACACUGUCAGCAUGGAUAGCUAGAGGGAGGUGUUGACAGCAAACCUGGGCCCAAUGAUACUUCAACGUUUGAUACCAUCGCUCCAAAGUGAGAGUCACACCAUGGGGCUCUUUUACAAGGAUGCAAUUAACCAGGGCUUGACCUAUUGUGGAGGGGUGUAAACACUUUGUUAAAAAAGUGAUGAAUACCUGUGGGGGUGUCUACCUGUUGGAACCCGAUGACUUCAUCGAAAGGGAUCUCAGAGAUCUGACAGAGUGAGGACGUUCUUACUUCGUUUUGGUGUUCAACACUAAUGGGGAUGACCAAUGGGAGAAUGAAGAGAAGUCUUGGUUUCUGCCCAGUGGACAAACAGAGAAGUCUAUCUAUGCGUUAAUGCUGUGUUAACACAAACAGAGAAGUCUAUCUAUGCGUUAAUGCUGUGUUUGAACACAAACAGAGAAGUCUAUCUAUGCGUUAAUGCUGUGUUAACACAAACAGAGAAGUCUAUCUAUGCGUUAAUGCUGUGUUAACUGGGCCAGCGUAACCAUUAAAUUGGUCACCAGUUUCCUUCCUUGAGGACCAGCCGACUUUAAAGCCCAUCAUUGUAAGCAGCUCUAUGAAAUUGGGCCCUGAAGUCAUUUCAAAAACCUUCUCUAUAGCAAACCAUUUUUAUAUUCACUGUUGCUCUUCAACAUCAAAGUUGUUGA